UGAAAAUCCCCAUUGCAUAGUACUUCCUUGUACUACUUUAAUACAGCAAAAUGAUCCUGAAAUUAUCAAAGGGAAAUUGAAGUGAGUGAGUCCCUCUUUUCUCGUUAUACUUGAUGAAACUGCAGAUGAAAUGGAAAUAACUGUGAUACACUUAAUCAUCCUGGGAGUCAUCACAGGUUUAACCAAAGGAGCUGGUUUGUUGCCAGAAGGUCCUCUGAAUGCAGCUGUGGGAGGGACGGUGAUGUUCACCACAACACUGACUCCAGCAGAGAAACCCUUUAUAACAGCAGCCUGGAAAUUUGGUGACAGAAACAUAAUCACUUCAAAUGUUGGAAACAUAACUGGCCCAGAGUAUGAAGGCAGGAUCACCUAUUUCACUUCUACUGCAUCUCUGGAACUCAGGAAUCUGACUCUUAAUGACAGUGGAGAAUACAGAGUUACCAUCACACCACAGGGAGAAGCACAAAAGCAUGGAAACAUCAGCCUGUCUGUACAUGUGCCAGUCUCUAAUGUAACGGUAAAUGCCAGCGGCACAGACUUAGUGGAGUUCAGCAGCUCUGUCCAUCUGUCCUGCUCCUCCUCUGGAUCCUCCCUCUCUUUCCUUUGGCUGAACGGCAGCUCUGAGGUUGCAGCCAGCGACAGAGUUCAGCUCACUGAUGGAGGCUCCACUCUCACUAUAGUUAAUGUGACCCGCUAUGACCAGGGACCAUUCAGGUGUCGUGUGUUCAAUCCUUUCAGUAAUGGCACAAGUGAUCCUGUAAACCUCACCAUCAGCUAUGGCCCAGAAAAUAUUUAUUUCACAAUAUCUCCGACACAAGAAUCCUUUGAGGAAGGAUCAAACACCAGUCUGUCCUGUUCAGCUGUCUCCAGACCCUCUGCCUUGUUUAACUGGUUUCUGAAUGGAGACCUGCAGUCUGAUACUGGACCAGAGCUCACACUGAUAAACAUUCAGAUGAGUCACAGUGGUAACUACAGCUGCCAGGCCUUUAACAAAAAAACCAUGAGAUAUCAAACUUCUCAGCCAUCAGUUGUCUCUGUACUGGAGAGAAUAUCAGGUGCUUCUGUCAAAUCAUCAACAAACAUGCCGAUUGAGGGGAGCUCUGUCAACCUAACCUGUGACGCAGCUGGCGCUGUGUUUACCAGAAAGUGGGUGAAGGACGGCUCAAAUCUUACUUUGACUGAAAACAUGAUACUUCACGAUAACAACAGAGUGCUGUCUUUUAUCAGUCUGAAUAAAAAAGACAGUGGAGAAUAUUCCUGUAAAAUCAGCAACCCAAUCAACACUGAGGAAGCUACAUACACCGUGGUUGUUAACUAUGGACCAGAAAAUGUUCAAAUCACAGGUCCAAAUGAGAUCCAUAUUGAACAGACCUUAACAUUAACCUGCUCUGCUGAGUCCACACCAUCUGCUAGUUACACCUGGACACUGAAUGGGGCUGAGUUACAGAAUUCUGCUAUAUUUACAAAAAACAUCACUGAACUUUCUGACAGUGGCAACUAUAUCUGUGAAGCAAUGAAUAAUGUAACUGGAAGAACAUCAUCAUCAGUGGUCCACCAGUUGUCUGUAACAGCUGUCAAAACUUCACCCUGUUCGGCUGGUUGCAUCGCUGGAUUAGUAAUCGCAUGUUUGGUCAUCUGUGGAGCAGGUUUUGGUGGAGGAUACUACAUAUAUAAAAAAAGAAUAAACAACAAACCUCAGGCACAUGAUACAGAACGAGAAGAACAUAUGUAUGAGAACACUUCAGAGGUAUAUGAGAACAUAUAAACUCAACUGUCUUUUAAAGUAAGUUUUCAACUCAUUUGUCUGAUUUAGUGAAAAGGCCUAAAUGUAAUUUGAAGGGAGAAGCACCAGAGGUUUUGUUUCUGUGGAAAUCAUUUUAACUCUGUUUGGAUCAAAACAGCAACUCUCUAAUUUAAUCAGUUGUUCUCUUCUUUGCCAAGAAGAGACGAGACACCAAUGUUGUCGGGGGGGUUGUUUAGAAAUUAUACUAUUCUGACUAUUUUUCUUCUAUGUUUGGAUUAAAUUUUCUUUUAGAUAAGUAAUUUACAAUGCAGUAAGUCAUAUCAUUAACAGAAUUACCAGUGGAUCUGAAAGCAAUAUAAAUGUGCUUAAAGCUGCAUUAUGUAACUUUUUGGAUACUUGUAGGCAGAAGAGCACCAUAACAUAAUGAGACAUAGCAGUCCUGAUAUAUUAUCACCUAAUUGUUUUUUUGUUUUUUUUAUAGCUAAUGUGUUGCCAAUUAUACAUCCAGUACAUAUCAACAGCAGCAUUUCUGCAGCAUUUCUGGCCACUUGUUGAAUAAAAUAUUCACUCCCAUUUUAGAAGGUGGCAUAUGCAUUAGAUUUCAAAUCAAAGCUUUUUUGCUAAAAAUGUCUGCCAGUGUUUAUGAGAGUGAAAUGUCUUCAAACCCAAAACAAAGUGUAAAUACAGUAAAAUAUUCCAGUAAACUGUAGUACUGGGUAAUGAUUCAAUAUAUAAUGAGUUGAAAAUUACACCUUUUCUGGUGUGUUUGCUCUGUGUAUAUAUAAUGUUUGCUUUUAUUUUCCUGUUCUUUAUUUUGUCCAAUCUCAGCUUUGUAAAUCAAUGGAUUAAUAUUGGGUUAGGAUGAGAAAUUAUUCUAAUUAACAAGAUACAUCAAUAUAUUUUGAAAACUGCAACAUAAAAUGUUAAUGCUUUCUCUGUCAUUUGUUUUGACAGCAACUGAAUAUGUAACAGUCUUAUAAAUAUAAUGGUCAAAAUCUGGUAAGCAUAGUAUUUUAAUAAAUCUGUAUAUAUCCUCUUA